AUGGAUACUAGUUGGAUUGACUUACGAAAAGGGGAUACUCGUUAUUAUAACGGUUGCAUGGAAUUUUUAGAGGUUGCAAAGGAGACUCUUAUAAAGGGAAAAACUCGAUGCCCGUGUAAUAAAUGCAAGUUAAAUAAAUGGUUUGACUUAGGAGAGGUAGGAGGACACAUUUUAUUUAACGGUUUUUAUAAGAAUUAUAGGCAAUGGAUUUUCCAUCGUAGAGUUGAAGAGAGUAAUACCUUAGAGAUCCCUAAUGAUAAAGAAAAUGUAGUUGGUCGAGAUGAUAUGAAUGGGUUACUAAGAGCAGCUUUUAAGGUUGACAAUAGUUCACAACCCACCAAUGAACCCCAAGACCCAUCAUUAAGCGAAGCUGAUUUUAAAGAUGAAUAUUCGUAUGACAUGCAUGAAGAGUUAAAUUUUAAUUGUGAGGAAGAUGAUGAAUUUCCAUCAACCAACACCAAUGAAGAAGAAGCGAAGUAUAAACGACUUAGGGAAGCUUCUGAUGAGGGCCUAUAUGAGGGGUGUACAACUUUCUCAAAGCUGUCGUUUCUAUUGCACUUGUUUCACCUCAAGUGUAUGUUCCAUUGGUCUGCCGCAUCAUUUAAUAAGUUGCUUAAGCUUCUAUUAGACGCAUUUCCUAAUAUUAAGGAGUUUCCAUCGUCGUAUUAUGAAGGCAUGAAGAUAUUGAAUGAUUUGGGAUUGGGUUACGAGAAAAUCCAUGCAUAUCCAAAUGAUUGCAUGUUAUACUGGGGUGAAUUUGAAGAAAAAACUGAGUGUCAUAUCUGCCACACAUCAAGGUGGAAGAAUGUGAAAGAAAAGGAGGGUGAUGUAAGAGAGAAAGAUAAAGAAGCAUGUAAGAAGGGUGUUGCAGCUAAAGUGAUGCGGUACUUUCCUCUGAUCCCAAGACUAAAGAGGAUUUACAUGUCAUCUAAAACAGCAGAAGAUAUGAGAUGGCAUUUUGACCGUAAAGAUGGAAAUAUCAUAAGUCACCCGGCGGAUGGUGAAGCUUGGAAAUUGUUUGAUAAAAGAUACGAGGAAUUCGCCAAAGAUCCUCGUAGUGUUAGACUGGGUCUAGCAAGUGAUGGCUUUAAUCCAUAUCGUUUGAUGAAUACUAGUUACAGUACAUGGCCGGGUCCUGGUAUGAAUAUUGAUGUGUACUUGCAACCACUAAUCCAUGAGUUAAAAUUGUUGUGGGAAGGUGUAGAUGCAUUUGAUGCUUAUAGCGGAAAAAAUUUCAAGAUGCGAGCAGCCUUACACUCUACUAUAAAUGACUUUCCAGCAUAUGCUAUGUUGUCGGGUUGGAGUAGAAGAGGUCAUAAAGCUUGCCCUUUGUGUGCCGAUUCUACUUAUGCGUUUAGCUUUGGUGGUAAAGUUGUCUACCCUGGAUGUCGAAAAUGGUUACCAAUUGACCAUCCUUAUCGUUCUCAAGCAAAUUUAUUUGAUGGGACAGAGGAACAUGGUCUUGCUCCGGUUCGUGUAAGCGGGUCAGAAGUUUUGAAGCAACAAGAAAGAGUUAAGUAUGUGUUUGGAAAGUCAAAAGUUGUUCUGAAAAAAAGAGGGAGACUAGAAGAUGAUGAACUUGAUGAUGAUGAUAAUGAUGAUAAUGACGAGGACGAGUCUAAUCCUAUUCCGUGGAAAAAGAAAAGUAAGCUUUUUGAAUUAGAAUAUUGGGAACAUAAUCCUCUUAGACACAACUUGGAUGUUAUGCACAUUGAGAAGAAUGUAUGUGACAAUUUCUUAGGAACUCUUUUAGAUAUGAGCAAGAGUAGAGAUGAUAAGAAUGCUAGAUUGGCCCUUAAAAAACUGAACAUAAAACCUCAUCUUUGGCUUAAUCUCAUCCAAGUCGUGUUAACGACUAUUUGCCUCCAGCUGCAUACACCAUGUCUAAAGAAGAGAAAGAAAGAUUUCUUAAAGUCCUACAAAAUCUUAAAGUUCCCGAUGGGUAUGGAUCUAAUUUGCAAAGUGGAUGAGGUCAAACUCGGCGGACCUGUUCAUUAUAGGUGGAUGUAUCCCAUUGAGAGGUAUUUGGCCUUUUUGAAAUCUCAUGUGAGCAAUAAAGCGCAACCAGAAGGAUCCAUAGCUGAAGGGUACCUUUUAUGGGAAACAAUUGCAUUUUGUUCGAGAUAUUUAGAAAGUGUCGAGACCAUAUUCAACAGACCGAAAAGGAAUGAAGAUGGUGUUCCAGACAUCAACAACUAUUUAUAUGACUAUGUUGGUCGUGUAGUUGGGACGAAAAAAAAUGUCCGCGUAGAUGACAAAAGUUUAAAGCAAGCACAUCGUUAUGUUUUGCUUCAUUCAGAUGAGAUGAAACCGGCCUAUAACCUAGAUGAUAGCACAAAAGAAGGAAAAUUGAGAAAAGCCUUGGCCUAUGGUUUAAGCAAUCGCGGCAAAAGGAUGAAAAGUGUUAUUAUCAAUGGCUAUAAGUUUGACACCGUGGACCGUGAGCAAUCUCGAAAGACUCAAAAUUCUGGAAUUAUGGUAGAAGCUGAUGGCCAAGAGUAUUACGAAAAACUUAAAGAAAUAUUAGAACUUGAUUAUUAUGGUUCUUUCAAGGUUCUAAUGUUUCGAUGUGACUGGGUUGAUGUACGGAGGGGUGUCAAAACAUACUCGAGCGGUAGAGUUCGUGUCAAUUUCUCAAAGUUGAUGCACACUGGUCAAAAGUUGGAUGAUGAUCCAUUUAUUUUCUCUUCUCAAGCAAAACAAGUUUUUUACAUUGAGGAUGAGAUACAAAAAGGAUGGCAUCAUGUUAUUAAGACUAAGCCUAGGGACUUGUUUGAUAUACCUGAUGAUGACGAUGAUGAUGAGCUUCUAAAUGAUAGUGUUUUGGAUUUAUAG